GGGCUCGCGCCCCGCGCUCCCUCGGCCGGUGCCGCGCGGGGCCUGCGCGGCCCUCGCUCCCCCUCCCCGCCCCGGCCGCUCCGGCCGCCGCGGCCUCCCCUCCUCUCCGCCCGCCCAUGGAUUUCACAUAGCAGCCGCCGCCUCCGCCGCCUCCUCCUCCGCCGCUCCAUGGCGGCUCCGGCUCCGCGGCCGCCCGGCCUGUGCUGCUGCCGCAAGGGCUCCGCGGCCGGGCCGGAGGCGCCGCCGGCCCCGCCGCCGCCUCCCGAGCCGCCGCCGGACGUGGCGUCCGCCUCCAGCUCGCAGCUCUUCAGCCUCCGCCACCUGCACCUGGGGCUGGAGCUGCGGCCCGAGGCGCGGGCGCUGGCGGGCUGCCUGGUGCUGGAGCUCUGCGCCCUGCGGCCGCAGCCCCGCGCCCUGGUGCUGGACGUGCACCCGGCCCUGCACGUCCUCUCGGCCUCCUACCGCCGUGCCGCGGCGGGGGAAGCGCCCUGCUCCUUCGCCUUCUCGCCCGCCGAGGCCGCCGCCCCGGCCCCGCUGCCCCCGCCGCCCUGCCCGCCGCCGCCGUCGCCGCCGCCGCCCUGCGCGCCUCCCUGCGCCGCCAGCCCGCCCUGCACCGCCACCUUCCUCUCGGCGCCCUGCAUCGCCGCCGGGCCGCUGCCCUCCGCCGCCGCGCCCCCGGGGGAGCCGCCCGCCAGCCCCCCGCCCGCCGCCGAGCCGCCGCCGCCGCUGCCCCUCUUCGCCCAGCCGCCCUGCGCCGCCUGCCCGCUCGGCUUCAGGGUGGACCCCUUCACCGACUACGGCUCGUCCCUCACCGUGUCCCUGCCCGCCGCCCUCCAGCCGCACCAGCCCUUCCAGAUCAUCGUCCGCUACACCACGGCCGACGGCCCCGCCAUCUGGUGGCUGGAUCCAGAGCUGACGUAUGGCAAUGCCAAGCCGUUUGUCUUCACGCAGGGCCACUCGGUGUGUAACCGGUCUUUCUUCCCCUGCUUUGACACGCCAGCGGUGAAAUGCACUUAUUCAGCUACUGUCAAGGCCCCAGCAGGCAUACAGGUGUUGAUGAGUGCCACCCAAAGUACCUACUUGGAAGAGGAAGGCGUAUAUCAGUUUUACAUGGAAUAUCCCGUUCCUGCCUACCUUGUGGCCCUGGUGGCAGGAGACCUUAUCCAUGCAGACAUAGGUCCCAGGAGCAGAGUGUGGGCAGAGCCUUGCCUGCUGCCAACAGCCAUCAGCAAGCUUUCUGGCAUGGUUGAGCGCUGGCUGACUGCUGCCGAGAGCCUGUAUGGCCCAUAUAUAUGGGGAAGAUAUGACAUUGUUUUUCUUCCUCCAUCCUUCCCUAUUGUUGCCAUGGAAAACCCGUGCCUGACCUUCAUCAUCUCCUCCAUUCUGGAGAGCGAUGAGUUUUUGAUCAUCGAUGUCAUUCACGAGGUCGCCCACAGCUGGUUUGGAAACGCCGUCACCAACGCUACCUGGGAGGAGAUGUGGCUGAGCGAGGGGCUGGCCACGUACGCCCAGCGCCGCAUCACCACCGAGACCUAUGGAGCUGCCUUCACGUGUUUGGAGACUGCAUUUCGCCUUGAUGCUCUCCACAGACAGAUGAAGCUCCUUGGAGAAGACAACCCGGUCAGCAAGCUUCAGGUUAAACUGGAGCCAGGUGUAAACCCUAGUAAUUUAAUGAACCUCUUCACCUAUGAGAAAGGCUACUGCUUUGUUUACUACCUGUCUCAGCUCUGCGGUGACCCGAGACACUUUGACUCCUUCCUAAGAGCCUACAUUGAGAAGUACAAAUUCACCAGUGUUGUGGCUCAAGAUCUUCUGGAUUCCUUCCUGAAUUUUUUUCCAGAGCUGAAAGAGCAAUGUGUUGAGAACAAAGCAGGACUGGAGUUUGAACGUUGGCUCAAUGCUACAGGACCUCCGCUAGCUGAGCCAGACUUAUCUCAGGGAUCCAGUCUGACCAAACCGGUGGAGACGCUCUUCAAACUCUGGACCACAGAGCCUCUGGACUCUGCUGCUGCUGCCAGCAGUGCUGACCUCACUAAAUGGAGAACCUUCCAAACAGUGCUUUUCUUGGACAGAUUGCUUGAUGGGUCACCGCUGCCACAUGAGGUGAUAAAAAAGCUUUCGGAAUGUUACUCCUCUCAGCUGGACUCCAUGAAUGCAGAAAUCCGUAUCCGCUGGUUGCAGAUUGUAGUCCGAAAUGACUAUUAUCCAGACCUUUACAAAGUCCGUCGCUUCUUGGAAAACCAGAUGUCUCGGAUGUACACAAUUCCACUUUAUGAGGACCUUUGCACUGGCACCCUCAGGUCUUUUGCCUUAGAAAUUUUUUACCAGACCCAAAACCAGCUGCACCCCAAUUUGCGGAAAACCAUCCAACAGAUCUUAUCCCAGGGCUUGACCCCCCUUCCUGCCAUAGACACUACAGCAGUCGCUACAGACACACCGGCAAUGCUGCUUGAGGACAAAGUCUCAGAGGCCACAAACGGUGCCAUUUCACUCAGGGAUGUUAAUGUGUCUGCCUAGAUCACCAGCUCAUGCCAGCCGUGAAGCUUGAAAAUGGGGACAGGAGCAGAGGGAAGAUACCGAGCGUCGCCUCCUCCCCUCAGCCCUGCAGCUGCGGUGUGCUGUUGUAACUGGAUUUCUCGCCCAAAACACAAAGCAAAUGUGCCUUCAAGUAUCCAGCGUGUGACACUGCCAGGUUUCAGAGAUCUCCUUCAGCUGUGGGAUGGAUAUUUUGAUUUAGUUUAUGUUGGACA